AUGUGCCAAGCCAUCGAUGACCUGGAAGCAAUCAAUGAUCAGGUAAUGGACACUGUCAAUGUUCAUAAUGUGGGUAUUGAUACAUCCAAAGUGAAAGUUACAAAUAGAUUUAAUUGGGAUUCUCAUACAUUCAAGAUGUUUCUUGAGGAAUGUAUGAACGAGUUAAAAAACAGGAACAAACCGGAUACCAUACCUAUUGGAGACAAGGCUAAGGUACCUUGCAAAUUUGGCGAUAGUAGCACUCCGGAUGAUAUACAGUUUGUGGAUAUUACAGAUGGAAAAGAAGCUACUUACGAAGUCCUCUUAUUUGAUGAUGUUGAUCCUUUUCUCAAAUAUGAUAGUUCUGCAUCUGAUUUCAACAUGUGCUUUACCUUCAUGUGGGAUGUAUGGGAGAGGAGUGCACAUGACACGAAAAUUUUCAAUGAAGCGCGAAGGAGACGUGAGUUUAAGUUUCCACUUCCAGCCGAUGAUACCAGAUAUCCAAAUACAAAAGGUUAUAUUGCUCCCUACAAAGGUUCAAACAUCCAUUAUCAUAUUCCUGAUUUUCAACGUGGACAGACUAAUGUCGCACGGGAACCAUGA